AUGUUGCGCAGAGUAGCUUCAACAGUUCCUCGAAGGGUGGCGGCCGCGAGAUCCUCGAAUAUCUACAUACGAAACUUCUCGAUAUCUGCGCAAAGAAUGUCUGCGUUGAAACCUUUGGAGAAUCCAAUAUCUGCCACCCUUCCAUCUGACUCAUUUCAGCUUCUCCCAGAAUCACAGAAGGCUGGGGCCGCUGAGGAUGCUCUGUACGAGCAACAAUUGAAGGAUGUGGAGGCAUGGUGGGAAAGUCCAAGAUAUGAGGGGAUCAAGAGGCCGUAUUCUGCGGAGGCUGUUGUAUCGAAACGUGGAAGCCAGUUGCAAUCAUACCCAAGCUCGGUCAUGGCAAGGAAGCUGUUUAAUCUGAUUAAAGAGAGGGAAGCCAAGGGAGAACCAAUACAUACAAUGGGUGCAAUUGAUCCCGUACAAAUGACACAACAAGCGCCGAAUCAAGAGGUGCUCUAUAUUUCUGGCUGGGCCUGCUCAUCUGUCUUGACAACAACAAACGAAGUCUCCCCAGAUUUUGGCGACUACCCUUACAAUACUGUCCCAAACCAAGUACAGAGGCUUGCCAAAGCCCAAUCGAUGCACGAUAGAAAACACUGGGAUGCGAGGAGAAAAAUGAGUUCGGAACAAAGAGCGAAAACUCCGUAUGUGGACUACCUACGACCGAUUAUUGCGGAUGGAGAUACUGGCCAUGGCGGACUGUCAGCAGUACUGAAGUUAGCGAAGCUCUUUGCUGAGAAUGGUGCUGCUGCAGUACAUUUCGAGGAUCAGAUGCAUGGAGGAAAGAAGUGUGGACAUCUUGCCGGCAAGGUGUUAGUACCAGUUGGCGAACAUAUCAACAGAUUAGUUGCGGCUCGAUUUCAGUGGGACGUGAUGGGCACAGAAAAUUUGGUCAUUGCCAGAACAGAUUCGGAGAGUGGCAAGCUGCUCAGCAGUGCUAUCGAUGUUCGGGAUCACGAGUUCAUCUUGGGUGUGGCGGAAGAAGGCAUCGAACCGCUCGCCGAGACACUCCAAGGAAUGGAAUUGAAUGGAGCUUCAGGUGCUGAAAUCGAUGUUUUUGAGGCUGACUGGGUGAAGAAUACCAAGCUGGUGACCUGUGACGAGGCCGUCGUUAAGCAAUUCGAAGCGCAGGGGGUAUCCCAGACAAACAUUGGCAAAUAUUUGAAGGCGACAACAGAAAAUCGCGACAUGUCGAUCAAUAAGAGAUUACAGCUCGCCUCUGGAUUUACCGACAAGCCCGUGUACUUCAACAUCGAUAUUCCCAGAACAAGAGAAGGAUUCUAUCAUUACCGUGCAGGUAUGACAGCUGCGACAAAACGUGCCAUCGAAUAUGCACCGUACGCAGAUCUUCUUUGGGUAGAGACUGGCGAUCCAAAUGUCGCCAACGCCGCACAAUUUUCUGGAGAGAUACGCGCGAAGCAUCCAGGGAAGGGACUUGUAUACAACUUGUCACCAUCAUUCAACUGGAUGGGUCACGGCUUCUCAGAUGAGACACUGAAGUCAUUCAUUUGGGACAUCGCCAAGCACGGUUUCGUUCUUCAGCUCAUCUCAUUAGCUGGACUACACAGUACAGCAACGAUCUCGAACGAGCUGAGUAAAUCAUUCAAAGACAAUGGCAUGUUGGCGUAUGUCAACCUAGUUCAAAAACGAGAGAAAGAACUUGGUGUUGAUGUUCUCACUCAUCAGAAGUGGAGUGGUGCGUCUUACAUCGAUGGCAUCUUGGGGUCUAUUCAAAGCGGAAGCAGUAGCAGUAAAAGUAUGGGAGAUGGUAAUACCGAGGGUCAAUUUUAG